CCCAACUCCGAGAAGUGAAAAUGGGAGGAAGUUCCUGGCAGUGUCAAGUGUGCAACGAAGCACAGUCCAAGUACAAGUGUCCUUGUCUUAUUCCUUACUGCUCUCUCCCCUGUUACAACUUACAAGAAUCACUAAGAAAACCCUUGCGCUAAACCAGAAUCUGCUGAGGAAAAACUGUGUAAGAAGUUUCAUAUUCCAACUGAAGGCUUUCUGAUUGCUGAGUUCCUUGCCAUUGGCCAGCGAUUUUUGUCUUCUUAAUAUGUUUUGAUGUUUUUUGGAUUUAUAUUGUUGAUGGCAAUAAUUUCUUGCCACCUUUGUUCUUCUUUCGGUCUUUCCUUUUUCCUUCCCUACAAAUCCAUUCAUUUGCAGCCUCUUAUCGCUGGCAGUGGUUGCACAGAAAACUGCUAAUUUUAUUGUUUCAUGAAUCUUGAUAUGGAAAAAGAAACAUGCUAGAUGGCUUACUUUGAGGCCAUUUUGAAUAGACUAAUUUUUGGAUG